AUGAGGAAGCACCUGCCGCAGCCGGGCCGCCACAGCGCCGCCCUGCUGCUCAGGGAGUUCGACGGGUGGAGCUGGUUCAUCAAUCUCAGCGCCUCCGACUACCCGCUCAUGCCCCAAGAUGACCUCCUUCAUAUCUUCUCAUAUCUUCCAAGAGAUCUGAACUUUAUCGACCACACAAGCAAUAUUGGUUGGAAGGAGCAUCAAAGGGCUAGACCAAUCAUCGUGGAUCCAGCAUUGCAGAUCUCAAACAAAACUGAGGUUGUGACAACAAAGGAGAAAAGAAGCUUGCCUUCAGCUUUCAAAAUAUUUGUAGGUUCGUCGUGGGUAAUAUUGAGCCGAUCAUUCCUGGAGUUCUGCAUAUUGGGAUGGGACAACCUUCCUCGCACGCUGCUCAUGUACUUCACCAAUUUCCUGUCGUCCUCGGAGGGAUACUUCCACACGGUGAUCUGCAACUCAAAGUACUACCAGAACACCACCAUCAACAAUGAUCUCCGUUUCAUGGCGUGGGACAACCCCCCUCGGACGCACCCUCUCAACCUGACAGCCGAGUACUUCGACGCAAUGGCGAACAGCGGGCUGCCAUUUGCGCACUCUUUCACGCGUGACGAUCCGGUCCUGGAUAUGAUUGACACUGAGCUGUUGAAGCGAGCGCCCGACCGCUUCACAACAGGUGGAUGGUGCCUGGGUAGCCCGGUGGGCGGCAAAGACCCUUGUACUGUUUUCGGAAGGUCAUUUGUUCUCAGGCCGAUUAAAGGUUCGGGGAAGCUAGAGAAGUUGUUGUUGAAACUUUUGGAACCUGACAACUUCAGGCCUAAACAGUGUAUAUAA